CCAACGGGACAGUAGGCGAUCACAAGACUCUAGCUGAAGGCGACUGUGUCGUUCCAUACUCCAUGUACGAGUGAACCACACUUGUUUUGGGCGUUUUGAUUCGAAGGCGCGUGCAAUAAUUACGAAAUCUCGUGCAAUUGUUUAGAAAAACCCCUCGCCAUUUUGUCAAAGAAGCCCUCCAUUUCCAUUCCUCCUCGUUUUCGUUUGCACAAGGAUCUAUUUCUUGACUUGAAUAUUACUGGAGUGAGGUCAGCAUUGCAUGACUCAAUCGUGGAUAAGCAUGCAGUCAUUUCUUUACUGUUGCAUUGGACCUUGCAGUUGUUCUUAGGGCGACCUGAAAACAAACGCAGAAAUGAACAAGUAUACGGUUGUUUCCAAUGAAUGAGCAUUAAACGAACCUAAAGACUUCUCAACCCAGCCUGACAUCCUGAAAGCAGAAGAGUUGGCAGUGAAGGCAAAAUCAAAUGGACAUGUUUGAGCUACACCAUGCUGAAACUUAUGUUUCUGCACAGGAGAUGCUGCAAUUUUUACUUUUAAAGCGUACAUGCAUUCCUACCAUGUUGAGUAGGUUUGGAUGACCAUUAACUGUCUUAAAACUAGUUAAGAGUUCUUUCUCAAGGGUGAUACUCUAAGACUCUUCAUCAAAGCAGAGAAAGCUUUGUGUGGUUUGGGGAUUUGAACAUUUGUCUCCUUAACCUCCCACUCCACCACUCUCCAGAAUCUGUAUUUAUGAAAGUCAUGAGUUUGCCACCUCAACAGAAACCAAACUCAAAGAGGACAGGCAAGCGCAUCACUUUCUUUAACGAUCAGGGUGUGGCGAUGAAAGAGCCCUCUCAUCAUACAGAGGCCUACUAUGGCAUUGGGGUCCCUUCCUCAGGACCAGGUCAUAAUGACAGUGGAGGUGUGGAAAAUCUGAAUGCAGAAGCACCACAUGCGUACCUAAAUUCUGUCAUUUUCAGCCCGGACAAGGGGGAUCAAAGCCGUGGGCACUACCAACAGAUGAUGCCCAUGAAGUGGUCACAUCAAGACCCAUCUUUGCAGCUCCAGCAGCGACCAAACAAUUGGUCACAGGGUAUGACAACUUGGCCCCAGAACUUUGGCCCUUAUUUGGAGGCUCAGACUGCUUUUGUAAAGCAGAUGCAUGAGGGAAUGUCAGUACAACAGCAACAGCAACAGCAGCAGCAGCAAGUUAAGUCAUCAACUAUUAGGUCAACUGAAAAACAAGGGGCAAACAUCAGUGUAGAGACCUUUAGGGAUACAAUCAAACCAGGCCGGGGCAUGGACUGGGAACAGCAACAAGCCUUUCAGCAAACACAAAAGCCUGGAAUGUUAAAUCCGCAGCAGCACGGACAGUCCACCACUGGGAAUUCAGUGCUGCAACCAUUUCAGGUAGCUUUUGGGCAGCCCAAGCAGAACUUGGUAGCGGGUUACUAUCAGGUAGUUCAGGCCAAUCGGACCUUGCCGAAUUUGAAUUACAGUGGACAGACGAAUUCCCAACUACAGCAGCAACUACAGCAACAUGAGCAACAGGAACAACGGCGACAAAUAAUGCUUCAACAACGGCAGCAACAGAUGGAACAGCAGAUACGACAACAGGCGCAGCAGCAACAGGUACUUCAGCAUCAAAAACAGAUACCACAAUUACAAUUGCAGCAACAAACACAUCAAUUAAAACAUACUCAGCAACCGCAACCACCACAACAACAUAUGCAACAGAUUCAACCGCAACAAGACUUGGUGCAGCAGCAACAAAAGUCUGAGCAACCUCAUCAGAACCAGCAUGUAUUGGAAAAUUAUUCUGAUGGCAAGCAGUCACACACUUCUUCAGUUGAUCACCAUCACCCCUUAUUAUCAGGACAGUCCCAAGAGACAACUGAUCCUCCAUCAACACAGACUCAAGACUCCGUUCCUCAUCCUCCCACUAAUGUUCCCCAGCAAUCCAUCGAGACCCAACAGCCUGGGCCCCGCAGAUCACGUCGACUUUCAAAAGAGGGUGGAGGCCCUGCUUCAGAUAACCCAUUUGUAAUGCCGACUGAUCUGCAUAAUCAAGGUUCUCAGAACGGUGCUUCUGAGACCAAUGCUGUUCAAGACAUCCGGGCCGCUCCAACAGGUGUAAUCCAGAGCACACGACGUAAGAGGAGGGUGUCGCAAGAGGUCAACCUGGAAACCUUGGCUCAGAAGGCUUCGGAAAGGGAAUCACUUCCCUCACGUAGUGUCAAGCAAGAGCCACACAGGCCUUGGAGCCCCCCUGUUGCUCCGACAGGUCCAGGCCGAGGGGUAGCUGAGGUGGAUCAGGUGAGUGCAAAGCGGCCCAGAGAUGACAGCUUCAUGCCAUUGGUCAUUCCAGUCUCUGUGCCAGUGAGGCAGACUGAUUCCUCAUCCCCGGAUCAUGAGCAAGCCUCCAUUUCAGCUAGUUGGCCCUCUCGGCCUUUGGGCAUCCAUGGCAUAAGCUGCUCCGAUUACAAGACUUCUGUGAUUGUCAAACGACGACGUUCACUGAGGAACUCUCUGUCUGAGAGCACAGGCCAGAAUGGUGGAGCAGAGAGUGGAAGUGAAGCUGACGGCAAAUCGGCAAAAGCCAAACGACGGCCUCGUCCAGAACCGCUCUUUAUACCCCCACCCAAACUUGGAACUUUUAUUGCCCCUCCAGUCUACUCCACUAUCACACCUUACCAGAGUCACUUACGUUCACCUGUCCGAUUGAUGGAAAACCCCCUCAACAUGCCGCCUUACACUCCCCCACCCAUCCUCAGUCCGGUUCGAGAGGGUUCGGGUCUUUACUUUUCCACCUUCCUGUCGGCUGCCGCAGCAGCAGCAAAUAAUCAGGGACUGCCCCCACCUGCCACUCCCAAAUCUGCCACCCGCAGCCUCCUACGCUCCAACAGCAGUGAUAUAACCCCUCCAGUUCUCUCUGCUAUGAAUGAAGCUACACCUGUCAGCAUUGAGCCUCGGAUAAACAUUGGAUUGCGGUAUCAGGCGGAGGUCCCAGAGCUGAGAGAGCGCUCGGCAGCGCAGCACGACCUACAAAAGGCAGAACUGUUGUGGGCGUCACUGCCUGACUUGGAGGCCAAUACUGAGCAACAGCAAAGAGUGGAUGACCUCAUGCAUCUGGCGUGCUCGAGUGCGUUGUGCGGAGGAGGGACCAAUCAGGAACUGGCCAUGCAUUGCCUGUAUGAAUGCAAGGGUGACAUCAUGGGAGCCCUCACCCUUCUGUUGUUAAAAAACCCCAUCUUUCCCAAAGCGCACCCGCUGGCUGACUACCACUACUCUGGCUCUGACAGCUGGACACCAGAGGAACGACGACUCUUUAACAAAGGCAUUGCUGCCUACAAGAAGGACUUUUUCAUGGUCCAGAAACUGGUGAGCUCCAAGACGGUGGCUCAGUGCGUGGAGUUCUACUACACGUAUAAGAAGCAGGUGAAGAUCGGCAGGAACGGUACGCUCCUUUACGGAGAAGCAGAGCCACCAGAGACCAAACCCACAACAGAGGAGGAAGUGGACAAUAAAAGUUCACAGAAGUUUGAAUCACGGAAAGAAGACGAGGAGAGCAGGAAGUGGGAAGGGUCAUGUGACAGGAAACAAGAGAACAGCCCGGGCAGGGUGACACAGUCGCUACAGGCCACUAAAAAUGCUGCUGCCGUCUUGGUUUUAAGAAGUCAGGAGGACAGCAAUAGAGAGCCGUCCAGGUUGGGGGUCAGUAAUCAUCCUCCUCCACCACCACCACCACCAUCUAAACCCCGCUCUGACACCACAGGCCGGAAAAGCACUGGCAAUACAGGAAAGGGACAAACAAACCAAGAGGGUGAAUUCCCCUGCAAGAAGUGUGGCAGGAUCUUCUUUAAAGUGAAGAGCCGCAGUGCCCACAUGAAGAGUCACGCUGAGGCAGAGAAAAAAGCGGCUGCGCUCCGGCAGAGGGAGGCCGAGCAGCGGGCGGCAGCCGCCAUAUUGGCCGCCCAGCAGAACGGCAUGAUGGGGGAUCAGAGCAGACCGAGGAGAGCCAGCAGCGAUGACUCCUCCGAGGAAGAGGACGCAGAUGAUGAAGACUGGCACUAGCUAACAAUCUCUUUCGUGUGGCCAAGAAAAUACCUAUUUAUUUGUAGUUUACCAGCCAACAAGACCCAUCCCAAAAGAACAGUUUCAGGGACUGGCUCACUCCCGCAGAGUGUUUGUGUGAGUGUGUAUGUGUGUGUGUUACAUGUAUAUGAGACGGACAAAGACGGAGACCAAUGCUGUAGAAGCAUUCAGGAGCUUAAUGUUCAGACAUAGGGCUAUUAGGAGUGUAAGCCAUCUCGGUGUGAAUGUGUGUGUGUGUCUAUGAUAUGCACUUUCGGACUCAUCCAACACACACUGAUCUGACCGCAGCACAUCCAUCCAGUGUCUGUGCACAGAACUCACUCAGUGUUCUCCUGUGAAACAAACCAUUAUGGAUUCAGUGGUGUGGACGUAGAGGGACACAGAAGCAAGUGUGUGUGUGUGUGUGUGUUAGUCUUUUCCUCCUUUUUUGAAAUGAAAACGAUGGUAUCUUUCUCUUCCACGUUACUGCCAAAUGCUUGCACAACUGUGCUUGUUCGCCUGGUCUUGAUCUCCAGUGCUGUAAUUUUGGGCUUUCUGUUUUGAGUAUCGUGAAGGUAAAGUUCAUCUGAAAUGGAAAAUUCUGUCGUUUCUCACCCUCGUGACAUUCUUCUUUUUUUACUUCUUUUUCAGAGCACAAAAUGAGACAUUUAGCGGAAUGUUCAUUCUGUUCUUUCUCUCUCAAAUGUUUCCCAAGGGCUUUCAGUCUUUUAAAAAAGACAAACAUAAAAGUACACGAAAGGACUUUUACACUAUAGUCCAACUCUUAUGAAUAGGUUUUUCUGAGAAACAGAAUGAAAUCUCGACUCGUCUUGACAGUGUUAUUUAAAACGAUUCAAAACGAUUUAAAAUUGAUAAAGCUAAAAUAAAGUUAUAUUUUAGUUGAAAAACUGUGUAAACAAAAAUUACUAAAACUAAACCUGAAAUUAAAGAAAAAUAUAUAACUAAAUCUUAAAGUUCAAAAUAAA